UUGGCAAGAACAGUUGCUUGUUUUUCUUGUUUUUUAGCCAGAAAAAUUUGGAUGGUUAGCUUUAAUUACACUUUUACCAGACCUUAAUUGUUGAGAUUUCAGUGGAAACGCUUGUUUGUUCUGCAACAUGCCAAUCUCGCUCUCUCUCUAUCACUGCUCUGCAAAAAUUCCCAGGAUUUCUUGUUGCUGUUCCUCUCUUAUUCUCUACACCCCUUUAAUCAGAAGGAAAAGUUCGAUUUUCCCUUUUUUUUGGGGGGGUAUUGCACAUGCUUCUUUCAUGGCAUCGCCCAACUCAUUUUGGGCUUUCCAAGAAACCAAAUGCCUCUCUCUCUUGCGUUUUUGCUUGCCUCUCACUCUUUCUGCUUGUGGGUCUCCAUCUUUAGUCUAAACCCCUUUGUUAUUGCUUCAAGAAAUCGCCUUUAUUGAAUUUUUGUUUGAGGGGUUGAUUCUUGGGAAGAGGAGAACGUGUUUUGGCCCUUUUAGCUUGUUCUGAUUCUGUGAUGUAUGUGUGAUUACUCUGCUUGAGAGGAGGUUUUUUUCUUGAGAUUGUUUCUCCUUCUUUCUGGGUUGGGGAUGGGGAUGCUGCAAGUGCUUGGGUUGGUGCUUAAACUCUUUGCCUUUGCUUGUUGUAUGGUGAUUCCAGGAUCUGCUGGAGUGAGUUUGCGGUCUCAAGUCAUAAUGCCUCCUCUUAAUUCUGCACCAGUUCCUCAAACGACAAAAAGUCGUACGGCUUCCCCAUGGCCAAGUACUCCUUCAGUGCCACCUCCAUAUCUUCUUGUCCCACCACCAGCAUCUCUCAAGGACACAUUUCCAGCCAUGUCACCUGUUCCUCCUCAUUUGAAGCCUUGGCAUGCAGGAUACCCUCCGUUUCCAAUACAAGCUCCAGCACCCAGUGAAGCACCAUGGAACGAGCAAAUUGUGCAUUCAUUGGCUCCAGGAUCCAUGUCACCAAAUUCCCAUCAAGCCAAAGGACAUGACAGUAAUGCUCAUGUCUCUCCAAUUUCUCCAGUACAAAAUGGGUCACCAGUGUCGACGCCCCAUCCGAGCAUUAGCCAGAAAAUUGCCCCCGUGCCAGUUGCAGCACCAGAAAGUAGAAUUGACAACCCUUAUGCACCUAUAAGCCACUCCCAAACAGAAGCUCCUUCUGCAAGUAAACCUCGGGGCCAUCCUAAUUCUGCUCCGACUCCUCAUCCAUUUUCCAAGUCAACCCCAGGGUUCUAUUCCCCUAAGAAACAUCAUCAUGGUAGGAGUCACAAGAUCACUCCGGCCCCAUUGUCACAUAUAAUUCCUCCUGCUUCAAGCAAACAAGGUCCUUAUCACAUAAAAUCAGAUCCAAAGGCUAAUCUUAGGCGCAGUGCUCCACCGCCCACAACUGCAGGAUCAUCACCAACUAAUCCCAAAAUGCCGUUGCUGCCACCGGUUCAAGCACUACCACUUCCACCUCCUCAUAAAGAUUGUGCGCCACUUACAUGCACUGAGCCAUUGACAUAUGGUCAUCCGGGAUUUUCCUGCAUCUGCGUGUUGCCAAUACAAGUGGGGCUCCGUCUUACUAUGGCGUUGUAUACAUUCUUUCCUUUGGUUUCAGAACUAGCAGCGGAAGUUGCUGCUGGAAUUUUUAUGAAGCAAAGCCAAGUUCGCAUUAUUGGAGCAAAUGCUGCUGGAGAUAAUCCAGAGAAGACCAUCGUCCUUAUUGAUUUGGUACCACUUCAAGAGAAGUUUGAUGAUACUGCACCGUUUUUAACAUUUGAAAGAUUCUGGCACAAACAAGUGGUUAUAAAACCUUCACUUUUUGGUGAUUAUGAUGUACUAUAUGUUCGAUACCCAGGUCUUCCACUGUCUCCACCUUUACCUCCAUCUGCCAUUGGCAUUAUUGGGAGUAAGCCAUACCCAGGUCAUGAUAAUAGUUCAAGGACUAUUCAGCCCCUCGCUGUUGACAUAAGGAGAAGGCAGCAGGGGAAUGGGCUUAGCAGAGGCAUGCUUGCGGCAAUAAUCGCUUCUGCUUCUGUGGCCAUUGCCUUGUUAUGUGCUAUUGCAUGGGUGUCAUUGCACAAAAAUAGAGACUCUGUCCACCAAACAGAUCCACCUCCACCAGCUACAAUCCGUUCCCUUGCAAAAUCAUCAGUAGCUAUGCUUGGAAGUGGUCCCAGUUCUCCUUCAUUCUCCCUAGGUUCAAGUAUGGCAGCUUAUACUGGCUCCGCAAAGACAUUCAGUUCAAGUGAUUUAGAGAAAGCAACAGAUUACUUCAACGAAUCAAGAAUACUUGGUGAAGGUGGCUUCGGACGUGUUUACAGUGGUCUGCUUGAAGAUGGUACAAAAGUUGCAGUAAAGAUACUCAAAAGAUAUGAUCAGCAGGGUGGUCGUGAAUUCUUGGCUGAAGUUGAGAUGCUCAGCCGACUUCAUCACAGAAACUUGGUCAAGCUGAUUGGUAUAUGUGUAGAGGAUCGCACUCGCUGCUUGGUGUAUGAACUAAUACCAAAUGGUAGCCUGGAAUCUCAUUUACAUGGCAUUGACAGAGAAACUGCUCCGCUCAACUGGAGUGCCAGGUUAAAAAUUGCGCUUGGAGCUGCUCGAGCUCUAGCCUAUCUGCAUGAAGAUUCAAGCCCCCGUGUCAUUCAUAGGGACUUCAAGGCCAGCAACAUCUUACUGGAAGAUGAUUUUACCCCAAAAGUUUCUGAUUUUGGUUUAGCACGUACAGCAUUGGAUGGGGAAAACAAAUACAUCUCAACCCGUGUCAUGGGGACCUUCGGGUAUGUGGCUCCAGAGUACGCAAUGACAGGGCAUCUUCUUGUGAAAAGUGACGUUUACAGCUACGGUGUAGUCCUCUUGGAGCUCCUAACUGGAAGAAAACCAGUAGACAUGACUCAGCCGCCUGGUCAAGAAAAUCUAGUUUCUUGGGCACGACCUCUCCUAACAAGUAGAGAGGGUUUAGGAUCGAUCGUAGACGCAUCCUUGGGGCCCGAUUUUCCAUUUGAUAGUAUAGCAAAAGUAGCUGCUAUUGCUUCAAUGUGUGUUCAACCAGAGGUAUCACACAGGCCUUUUAUGGGUGAGGUGGUUCAGGCCUUAAAACUCGUACGUAAUCAGUGUGAUGAAACGAGAGAAUGGCGUUCUGGAAGUUGUAGCCAAGAGGAUAUGUCGAUAGAAAUGGGAGCUAGGAAUAGUACCAACUCAGACCAACUGCCAGAUCAUUUACUUACUCAAUCUCCUGUCUCUAAUUAUGAUUAUCCAGUCGAUGUCGAGAUAAAUCUUUCCAUGUCAGAGCUACUGAGUUCUUCCGCUAAGUUUGAUAGACAAGAUUCCGAGACUUUUAGAAGGCAUUCUAGCUCAGGACCUCUGAGAACAGGCAAAGGAAAACGGCUGUGGAAGAUGAUGAGGCGAUUGUCCGGGGGCAGUGUAAGCGAGCACGGGGUUCCAUUCAGGUUCUGGAAUUAAUCCCACUAGUGUUGCGUCAUACGAACGGAACACAUAACGCCUGUUACCUUCAGAAUGUUGUUAGUGCAACAAAGCAAUGAGAUAGCGACAAGAGGAACGAUUUUCAUUCCUAGAAUUGGCAAGUACUGCCCUUCUCACAGGGGUUGAAGAUGAGUCUCGUGUAGGAUGCAUUGGAUUGCAAUGCAUGGCAUGCAGCCUGCUAAAGCAGACGUCGCCAAGAUGCUUGAGAGUUUUUGGAAGGAUUUGAAACUGAACUUCCAUCGCCCGCCUCUUCUGGCAGUAGUAAGUGUGAUUUAAUGUAAUAAUUUUGAACUUCUUAAGCAUAAUUGUACAGGAACUGGUCCAUAAUUGUCUAUUCUCUGUUCCUUCAAGGCAUGAGAUGUUCUUGUCCAAA